AAAAACGAGUGAUGUGGUGAUUACAAUAUCGAGCAGAACGGCUAUUCCGGAUCGGAUUAACUCGUACCGAUUGGAUACCAAUCCCGACCGAUCGGGCGGCUGUCAAACGGAGGAUGACGAACAAGAUUAUUCAUGUAUGGAAGCCAUCGAGAGCAGACGCGAUCUACGGUACCACAAAUACCCAGCAGCCACUGUAACAUCUUUUUCCGGUAUUAUCGGCAGACCGGCAGAAGUUGAAUGCGGACUUAUCUAAACAGAUCAACUCCAACUUAGCAAGUGUGCAAGUGAAGCUCCUAGUGCAAGCAAAAAUGGGUAUUCGUCACCUGCACACGUUUAUGGAAAAGAAUGGCGGCUUUUACACAGUGAACAUGGAGCAUGAAAUUCUCAAAGCAAAGACAUUCACCGAAAAUCCCUUAUUGGUAAUCGACAUGAAGGCGUUGCACGCUAUAUUUAGUACCGACAAACGUAGCCUACUGUGCGGCAGUCAGUUUUGGGUAGUGGAACAUAUGGCAGAUACGUUUUUCAAACGCCUCACCGAUGCUGGUGCUGUACUGGUAUUUUAUUACGACGGAACACUGCAACUGAAAAAGAACGAAAAAUGGAUCGCUACCCAGAAUGAAAAGUACGAUCGGAUGAUCACCAUCCUCGACGGAAUCGAUGCAGAGCCGUCUUUGAAAGAGGCUGCAGACAUGUUCGAACGGACGAUACCAUACAACACGUGCAUCAUAUUGAAGAACGUGGCCAAACGGCACGGCAAGUUUAUCGUCUCCAAGGACUUGAAAUGUGAUCAAGCGUUGGCGAUUUACGCCACCAAGUUUAAGGCACUGGCGAUCGUUACGCACGACACCGAUUUCCUCAUUUUCGAGGGCAGGUGGCAGGUGUGGCACGCGAACCAUAUCGAUGUGAACAAGUUGAUUACGAAGGCCUACUGCAAGCAGGAGCUACUACGCACGCUUGGUUUGCAGUGGCGUCAGAUGGCAUUGUGGGCAACGUUGGCCGGGAACAGUUUCUUCAAAUACGACGAGCUAGUACCCUUUCUAGGCCAGCUUGGCCCAAACAAUCAAAAGCUUUAUCGAUUGGCCGAAUAUGUGCGACAGUUGCCGCUGCGAAACGGAAAGCUAGAUGACAAUACGGUACACUCGAUACUGGCGCGGGUGUACUGGAACAGACAAGUACCGCCCGAGGCUUACGAGUGGUUUCGGCAAAGUGUUGCCUUCUAUCAGGUGAAUGAACCAGCGAAGGAUUCGCAGCAGAACGACGGUGAUCCUUUCGCUUACUUACUGGAGGACGAACAUUACGUCUCCUACAGUAUUCUGACCGAUAAGCCGUAUACCUGUACCCUCUUAUUCUUUGAUUAUCGAUCGUCCGAGAUGGGAAAUUACUAUGAAAUCAUCGAACCGAUCAUUGCACGCAUGGCAGGUAUACUGCUCUAUCAUCACAAGGAAGAACGGCAGCAUGUAACGCUGGCCAUAAAGCGCAAUCAUCAUGAGUCACACUCGGUCGUCACAAUUCCAGCCACGUUCCCUACUGCCAUUACACCACCCCCGUUAGUUGAGUUGAUUUCAAAGGAUGAAAGUGUACAGGCCUCGCUGCUCGAUCGUAAACUGCAACUCUGGCGCUGGGUUUGUUCCGACGAUUUGCUCGACGUGGAAGAGUUCAAUACCGUGCCACCCGCGUUCAUGUGCACGGUACUUACCCUGUACCGCUUGAGGCAGUGUGGCGCCAUCCGCAUAUUCGAAGCGGAUCUACUUUUGCUCAUUGCUCAGCAGCUUUCUAAGGGUGUGUUCGAUCUAACGCUAGAACCUCAUCCACAGCGCCUGAAUCCACGAGCCUUUCGAUUGGCAUUUGUAUUUCAGAAUGUGUACCACCAUAUGGCUCGGGUGGCCAAAGUGCUUGGUCUGUCCGAAGAGUACCGACCGAUGACACCAUACGAUGGGCACCGGUUCCACAACAUGUAUAACGUGUGGACAGGCAUGAAUGUGGAAUCAGAGUUCCAAUCGAUCGGAGAAUGGCGUUUUUACAAGAAUGCAAAUAGCACAUAACGUAUCGACUGAAUGAAUCACACGUUCUAGUAUAGUUGCGAAAAACUAAAAUAAAAAUCUUGUAAAAAGCA